ACACGAACUCCUAAGCCGGGCCGGGUUCGUUUUCGUAUCAGCGAUAUAAUUUUCAAUAGAUUCAGUAUAUAUAUAAUGGCAGACACUAAUUCAGAUGAAGUUUCAAUUAGCGCUAAUGACACAAAAAUAAAUCCCAAUGAGUUUGAUGUAGCUGUAAGUGCGAUGCUAAUUGGAUUGGGUGGCGAGAAAUAUCUUGAUAUCUUUAGGACUAACAACAUUGGACAGUCGACUUUAAUCGAACUAACUGACGAAGAUUUAAUCAAAUUUGGAGUAGAUGAUCAAGACAUACGCACCAAAAUCUUAGAAGAAGUAAAGAAUUUGCCAUUAUAUCAAGAACUAGAAGUAUGUGAGACACAGCCAUCUCUAGGUCCAAUAGAAAUAGUUGACAUGCUUGAGGAGAGCUCUCAACACUUGUAUAGAAUCUACUUGAGUAUGUUAGCUAAUACUCUGACACUGAAGAAGGCAGAUAACUUGUCAGAUUGUCUUCUCCACAAAGAGAAACAUGCCUCUGACAUUGCUCUGGCGACACUGAGUGAAAUUACUACAAUAUUAAACUCAAUGGACAUAGCACUUCAUACAGAAUUCAAGUCCUUGAGAAAAGAGUCCAAUAAAAGCAACAAAAAGAAACUGGCGGUGGGAACUGUUGGCAGUAUCACCAUAGCUGUAUUAGCUGUAUUAUUUUUAGAUCUAUAAAACAAC